GCAUUGCAGUUGGACUUGAAAAACCUUCUGUCUGUUUCUAUGGAUGGACCAAAUGUUAAUUGGAAGUUUUUAGAUCUCCUGCAACAGGAGCAUCAUGAGCAGUUUGGUGGCACACAGCUAAUUGUGGUGGGGAGCUGUGGCCUCCACACCCUCCACAAUGCCUGCAAACGUGGCUUCUCCAUUUGGCACAUGGAGAAGGUUCUAAGGGCCUUGCACAUACUCUUCCACAAUGCGCCAGCUAGGAGAGAGGAUUUCACGGCUCUAACCAAAUGCACAAAAUUUCCACUUCCAUUCUGUGGACACAGGUGGCUCGAAAAUCUACCAGUCGUGGAGAGAGCUUUGGAGGUUUGGCCAUCAGUGACCAUGUACAUGGAUGCAGUCAGAAAAAAGAAGAUACCAAAUCCAGGAACGGCAUCUUAUGACACUCUUGAAGUUGCUGAAAAAGAUCAUCUUAUCCUGGCAAAGCUACAUUUCUAUAUGGCUAUCACAAGGACUUUCAGUCCUUUUCUUACCUUCUAUCAAACAGAUGUGCCUGUGAUUCCGUUCCUUGCCAAAGACUUGGCUGAGCUGUUGAAGAGUAUGCUGAGGCGUUUUGUCAAGAAAGAAGUACUCAAGGAUAUUAGUCCACUUCAGCUGGUCAGAUUGGAUGUCUGUGACAAUCAGAGCUGGGUCAACCCAAAGGAAGUUAACAUAGGCUUGGGUGCAGAAUCUCUUCUUAAGGUGAUGUGAUAAUCCAGCAGUUUAGUAACAUGUUAUCUGCUGAAAAUGAGACCCUUGUCUCAUACAGAUCCACAGAGACCAGGCUAGAUACGUUCUUGCAUGGUGUACUUGCCGAGCGCUAUGAUGAGUUGUGGGGCUUUUGCAAGAAACUGCUUCUCCUGUCCCAUGGGCAGGCUACAGUGGAGAGGGGAUUCUCCAUUAACAAAGAAGUGGAGACCUGCAAUAUGCAGGAGGAGACAAUGGUCACACAUCGACUGGUAUGCGAUUAUGUCAACAUCUGUGGAGGGCUCCUCAAUGUGCCUAUUUCUAAAGAGUUACUGGCCUCAGCUGCAUCUGCCAGGUCUAGAUAUAGAAUGCACCUGGAUCAGCAGAAGGCUAAGAAAAUUACAGAUGUCCAGGCACAGAAACGGAAAUCUUUAGAAGAAAACAUUGA